CGUGUCCAUACACACAAGAAAUCUUUUGGAGAGUGUGGAGAAAAUGUUGUUGGGUUAAAUCAAGGGAUUACAAUUUAAAAACGAAACUGUUUUACGUCUUGAAGACAACAUGAAAAAUGUGCAGGAUCUCCCCAUCGACAUCCAGACCAGUAAACUCCUCGACUGGCUGGUGGACAGGAGGCACUGUUCUCUGAAAUGGCAGAAUGCUGUGAUGGUGAUCAGAGAAAAGAUUAACGCCGCCAUCCAGGACAUGCCCGAGAGUGAGGAGAUCAAACAGCUUCUGUCUGGGUCCUACAUCCACUAUUUCCACUGUCUGAGGAUAGUGGAGAUACUGCGAGGGACGGAGGCCUCGUCUAAGAAUAUUUUUGGCAGAUAUUCAUCACAAAGGAUGAAGGACUGGCAAGAGAUUGUGUCCCUCUAUGAGAAAGAGAACACAUAUUUAGCGGAGGUGGCCAGUCUGUUGACGCGGAACGUGCGCUACGAGGGCCCGGCGUUGAGGAGACAGCUCGCUAAAGUGCAGCAGCUGCAGCAGGAGCUGAGCCGGCGGGAGCUGGAGUGUCAGAGCGGAGCUGCCGACAUGAGAGAGCGCUUCUACGCAGCCUGCAGACAGUACGGCAUCACGGGGGACAACGUGGGGCGGGAGCUGCAGGCACUGGUGAAGGACUUGCCCAGUGUACUGGAGGAGACUGGGAAACAGACGAGUGGUCUGGAAGAGGCCAUACAGCUGUACACAGCGUUCACACAGUUUGUCUGUGACUGGUGUGAGCCAGUCCUGCCCAUGCUGAGUUACGUCCAGAGAAGAGGGAAUACCACAUUGUAUGAGUGGAGGACCGGAGAGGUCCCUUCUGUUAUAGAGAGACCUGUGAUGGAGGAAGCUCCAGCGGAUAUAGUCACGGAAGGGACGAUUGACUGGGGAGAAUUGGGAGGUGACUCCGGAGCAGACGGGGUGAAUUUGGGGAUUACUGUUGAGGAUGGUGUGGACUGGGGAAUCAGUGUGGAAUCGGGAGCAGAGGAAGGCGGGGGCAUUGACUGGGGAGCCAGUGACUCCGCCCCCGUGGAAAUUGAAGUUGUGGACGUGGGCACUGACUGUCCAGAAGGUGUAGCGCGAGGUGACGACGCCCUGUCCCUGCUGGAGAAUUCACAGACACGCAGUCAGUUUAUUGAUGAGCUGAUGGAGCUGGAGCUGUUCCUGUGUCAGAGACUCAGUGAAAUGAGUGAAGAGGGUGACAUUGUGGCCAUGAGCCAGUUCCAGUUGGCCCCCACCGUCAUCCAGGCCCAGAGCGCCCAGCAGGUGAAGGCUAUGCUGGGAGGGGUGCGCCGGAUCCUGGAUGGCCUGACCUCUCUGCGGAUGCAGCACUUGUUUAUGAUCCAGGCUUCUCCACGGUAUGUGGAGCGUGUUUCGGACAUGCUGAGGCAGAAGCUGAAACAGGCUGAUAUUCUGAUGCUGAAGCGAUCGGCGUUGGUGGAGCAGAGACAGGAGGCUCUCGAGGAGCAGGCCAGACUGGAGCCACGGAUCGACCUGCUGGCCUCCCGCACACAGGAGCUCCAGAAACUGAUUGAAACUGACAUCUCAAAACGCUACAACAACAGGCCGGUGAAUCUCAUGGGAGUUCAUGUGUGACAGAGACAGCCACGCCCAUCUCACAAAUAAAUGUCUGAGUUUG